AUGAAAAUUCACCAAUAUUCUUCUUUGCAUAAAACUGAUAAGAGAUUUAUAACUUGGGUUAGAAUUAUGCAUGAGAAAGGAUACUAAAUAUAUUUUUAGAAUAUAUUCAUUACUUUAUUGAUGAGAAAUAGAUAUCGAUCUCAUAUUAAAUAGUAUAGAGAAAUCAUGAAUUAUAAAAAGGAAAUGACAACUGCAAAGUUGCAAUUAAAAUUAGCCAGGGAAACAGUGAACAUGUUGAUUCUGAAAAAGAGAAUAAUUAAAUUAAGUAAGCAUAUAUAUUCAAUGCAACUCAAGAAUCAAUUUUAUUUUGGAAUGAUAAGAUUUUGCAAAAAAUUUGAAAAAUAAAUUUUAUACACUAAGUAGAUAGAAAAUGAAGUAAUUUUUGAAGACAAUUAAUUCUUUUAUUCUUCAAAAAUAAGGAAUGUCAUUUUUGAUUUAUCAGCAUAAAAUCAUUUAGANACAAAUAUGCAAAAUUAUUAAACAACAAAUAAUGAAAUUAUUUAUAUAACAACUGAGGGAAACUUUAUAAGAAUAUAAAUUAUAAUUAUACUUUUAGCGAUAUCAAUUUAAUGA